UUUUGCAUUAACCUUUUACCAUAUUCAAACAGUUGCAUGAUGCGGGGGAUAUGUCAGAACGGAGUUGUGGUAUAUACAGCAUACUUGUUAAACGAUGUCGGUUACAACUACAUACUUAGUAAUCAUUAUUCAACAAUUAAUAAAACUUACUACAAAGUUAUCUAACAUAGUUAUCACAUAAAGCUUUAUUAGGACAGUGUAUACCUGCGUUGUAAAAGUACAAAUUUCUACCCGCGCAAAUCACGUCUGAAUGAAAUCGGGUUAGGAUUAAGUGAAGGUAGCGCCUUCAAUAUUUAUUAUACGUCAUUUAUGUAACAGUGUGUAUGGUUGGUUAAAGCACAUCACGUGACCUUCUGAAAUAUGAUCAAAUAAAAAAUUAUGUACGAAUGAUAUCACCAUAAACCAAUCGUGAUUCACCGGAGCUUCAUCCUCUUGAACCUUAAUAGAUGUCGGCAUGUGAUCUCAUGCACCGUAUACAGUACUUUAUUAAAUUGGCAUAGUGGACAGACGGCAGGUGAAAUCGCUGAACGAAAAUGGACGAUUAGUUACUUUGCUGUGGCAUACUGCUUUAAUUUUACAAACUUUCUAUAUCUCAUUUCCACCACUGCUUCAUCGGUGUGUCAUAUAUUUUACUGUUGUAUUUAAAAUUUCAAUUUUCGAAUCUAGCCUAAUUUCCGGAUAUGAGAAGGUAGAAAAAGAAUCAAGAAAUUCAAUGCUAUGGUGUGGAAGUAGGACCCAGGACCUCGGCAAGGUUCUGUUCCGACUCCAAUCCUACACCCACUAACUGAUACAAUUUCCAUAUCACCAUACCUACAUGCUAAAAAACUUUACGAUCACACAAUAACGUCCCACGUGGGAAAGUUGUAUCUGAAAAAAAUCACAAGUGAAAGAAAUAGUUUUCUGACUAUUGUCCAUAUUUAGAUAUAUUCCCGUGAUGUCAGUCUCUCCGCUGACCUUUCAUCACAUGACCAAGCCGAACAAUACCCACGUGAUCAGCAUCCGUAAUGGCCAGCCAAGAUGUGUGCGCAACGUCAGUGACUUCUAUGGAAAGCUGCAGCGAGAGCCAGGAAAGAAAGUCGAGCGCGAGAGAACAGACAAUGCGCAAUCAGCAAGACUUUCUCACGACAGUGAACCCAACGACAAACAAUUGAGUUUAAGGAAAUGUAGGCUAUCGUUGAAAUCCGAUUGUGGUUUGAAAUCCGGGAGACCAUCGAACAUAUCUGAAGACUCUUCGAACGAACUUGAAGAUUUCUCUGACGAUGAAGCAGACGUUGAAGGGGCAAGUUCAAAGCGCUGGGACGACAACCCAAAGAAACACUACAAAUCUCUAUGCGGAGCAGCGGAUGUUGUGCCGUCUUCUGCAUUCCUCCGCCAGGUGGAGACCUCCGCAAUGAACCUUUCUCAUAGCUACCUCUCCCAUUGGGAUAUCCGGAUAAUGAGUUAUUUCCUCGUGAACAACGCCACUAUCAUUGAGCUUGACGUCUCCGGGAAUCAUAUCGGGCCUCAAGGAGCGAGAUGUCUGGCCCAGGCCAUUCAGGAAAACGUUUUCAUCACUGAUCUUAACAUGUCAGGCACGAAUAUCGAGGCUAAAGGUGUUCACUCUCUGGUCAGCGCUCUUCUUAUCAAUCGAACUGUCACCAAACUAAAUCUCUCAGGUAACAGGUUGGAUCGUACACACACUCCUGAUCUCGCCCGACUCAUCAAGGAGAAUGACUACAUCGUUGACCUUGACCUUUCUCAUAAUGAACUGGACGAGCUCGCAGCGUGCAAGUUAGCCCCUGCCAUAGACAUGAACGUGUCUCUGAAGAGGCUGGUCCUUAGAUGGAACCACUUCCGGCGGACUGGGGCCUCUCUCAUGGUCAAGGCGAUUUGUAACAAUGUGGAGCUGGAGGAGGCUGAUCUCUCUUGGAAUGGGUUGGGAGAAGAGGGGUGCCGCGCCUUCAAGGGAUUCCUUGGUAAGAACCACACCCUCCGUUCACUGGAUAUCUCCAACAACCGGAUAGCUUUCAUCGACCUUGGCUACUUUAUCGGAGGUCUGGUCAAGAACGACACCCUGUCAACUCUCAAGCUGCAUGGUAACCCCAUCACAACGGACGGUGCCGAAGCAUUGUGUGUCGCUCUGGAACACUGCAAGACCACCGCCAUGACAGAGAUCAACAUCGAGGAUACUCCUGCCGAUGAUAAGCUUUGCAAGGCCAAGGAGGCUCUCCGAGCUGUCCACGACAUCAAUGUUAUCUACCGUGAACCAAUAGGACACCGGUUGUCGCCCAUUACGACCCGGAAUAGAUGCCAGGACCCCGUACUUGUGCUGUUUGAGUAUAUGAAGCAGGAGAACUUACGCUUGAUUGAUCUGUUCAGGCAUCUGGACCGUGACAAGAGCAAUUCAAUUUCCCGAGAGGAGUUCAGGGAGGGUUUCCUGAUGAUGAACAUCAAAUUAACGGAGGAGGGACUAGACCACCUGCUUAAUAAACUGGACAAAGACAAAAACAACCUUGUCGACUAUAAUGAAUUGAUCAAAAGUAAAAGAGAAAUUACGCGACACCAUCUGAAGAAUGGCUCUGAUAUACUACAGGACGAAAGCUACAAGGAAAUGUUGGACGCUAUCAAGGAGAUGUUAACCAAAGCAAAAACCACGCCUACAAAUAAGGUAUCUGCGUCUGCGCACGCAAGAACUACCUCCGGUACAAUCACUUCCAGUGACAAGAAAAUGGCGAUGUGAUAGUGUAGACAUUGUUUCGUUUUACGUUAUGCCAUCGUUGAAUGGUUAUGAUUGGUGUAUAUGUUUAUUGUACAGUUAUGACGUGUUUGUAAAGAAAAAUGUGAAAUAAACAGCUAUCGUUGCGUAUGUUAUGAAAUGAUAACAUUGUGAACUGUAACUCAUACACCAUGUUGGUCGAAACAUAUUUAUGAUUUCAACAUUCUGAAUAUAUCUAUAGUGGCAAAAACAAAGUCUGCUGAUGUAGAUUUUAUCGAUUUGUUUUUUCAUUAUUAAUACAAUAUUUAUUCAGAAGAAAUUGUGGAACAUAACAAAUUGAACGAGUAUUUUUCUUUACUAUACAAGAGUUUCCUGACAAAUAGGUUCUAGUUCACUGUCCCAGAGAUUCAGCAGUGGUUAAAGAUGUACAAAUCUUUUACCCAGAAGUCUCCUGACAAUCGAUUAUUCUGUUACGGGAUAGUACGUUGUGUGGAGUGUCUUUACUGGCAAUAAGUUCAUGAUACAAAUGUAUAUGGUUUGAUCUCGAGAUCACAAGUUUGGGAGUUUAAACCAUUUUCUGGUUCUAAUUGCUCAUACUGGCGCGUGUUAUUUUAGAUAGUCCUGUUAACAACAGCUUUACGACACCAAUCAAUCAUUCAGUGUGCAUGCCAACCUUAGCUUUCGAAAUCAGUGAUUAUUUCCUGUGAGAAGUAUGUAUAUGUUCUGUAAAAUGCACACCAUGCAUAUGUGUGGAUAAGAAAUAUUCUUACGACACACCGAUUGGAUGAAAGUUAAAGUUGUAAAAUAGGAUCAGUGGGAGGGAUAUUUAUAUUUGUUCAAUAAAUACAUUUGUCACAAAACGGCAGAGUGUUAUAUUCGCCAUGUUGUUUUCCCUUUCCCUUCUGUAUUCAUGAAACCACUAUCAUGCUUAAGCAAUCUAUUCAUCCUUCAUUACACAAAAAUUAUAAUUUUUAAACAAUUAUUGUGGUAUAUUAUUUGGUUCGAAAUUCUUGCUCUGG